AUGUCUCGUAUCAUAGUAAAGGGAUUACCUCUCUACUAUACAGAGGACAACUUGAAGAAGCAUUUCCAGGAGAAGGGGCUUGUGACCGAUGUCAAAUUGGUGAAGAAGAGGAACGGAGAGUCCAGGAGAUUCGCCUUUAUUGGUUACAGGUCUUUAGAAGACGCAGAGACCGCUGUCAAGUACUUCAAUAAUUCGUUUAUUGACACUGCAAGAAUUUCUGUGCAGCCAGCCAAAACUUUUAGCGACCCGACUGUGCCGCUUUCGUGGAGAGAGAAACGUCUCCAGGCUAAAAGACAGUUGGAAGAGACCGAAGAGAAGCUGAAAAAGCUUGAGGAGAUCCAGAAAAAACGCAAACAGCCAAAGAUAAAAGGAGUUGACGCUUUCAUUGAGGAGAAGGUCGGUUCCAACCCCAAAUUGCAGGAAUUUCUCGAGGCUUCUGCGCCAAGCGUUCACCAAAAGUCCUGGGCCAACGAGAAAAUUGGCAGCACCACGGAGGCUCCAUCGGUUGAGCCAGAAACUAUGGAGACAGGCAGUGACGACGAGUACGAGGACUUCCAGGGCAAGAAGCAAAGUUCAGACGAGCAAGAGGAUUCGGAGGAAUCCGACAAAAUGAUGUCCUUGGACCAACUGGAAGCAGGAGAAGCCGAGCCAGACGAAACCACCCAGAAAGAGAGCGCCGAAAUGGAUGAUUUGGAAUGGUUCAAGCAGAGGAGAACGCGGAUGAAAGAUGGCGAGGACCAUGAGGAAAAGCAGAAACCACAGCCAGAGGUUCAGGAACAGCCAAAGGAAGCAGAUGUGGUGGACAAAGCAGAGAUUGAAGAAGAGAAAGAGCCAGAACUAGACGACAAAGAUAAAGCCAUUCAGCUUAUUUCCGAGACUGGACGGCUGUUCCUUCGAAACAUCUUGUAUUCGGCCACUGAGGAGGACUUCAGAAACCUUUUUUCGCCGUACGGCCCAAUAGAGGAGGUCCAUAUUGCUGUUGACACCAGAACAGGUACUUCCAAGGGAUUUGCAUAUGUGAAGUUUGCCUCGCCAGACGAUGCUGUCCGGGCUUAUUUGGAGCUGGAUAAGCAGAUUUUCCAAGGAAGACUGUUGCACAUUCUGCCGGGAAAUGCCAAAAAGGACCACACAUUGACCGAGUUUGAUCUGGCCAAUCUUCCUUUGAAAAAGCAAAAAGAGCUCAAGAAAAGAUACGAAUCUUCCAAGCAGCAGUUCAGUUGGAACUCAUUGUACAUGAACAACGAUGCUGUUUUGGACAGUGUGUCUGCAAAAUUGGGAAUUAGCAAGGGAGAGCUGAUCGAUCCAACUAAUAGCAGCUCUGCAGUGAAGCAAGCUCUGGCUGAAGCCCAUGUUAUUGGAGAUGUUCGAAGAUACUUUGAAGAAAAAGGAGUUGACUUGACUAGCUUUGACACUAAGGAAAGAGACGACAAGGUUAUUUUGGUGAAAAACUUCCAGCAUGGAACCACGUUGGAAUCCAUUGGAGAGCUAUUUUCAGCGUACGGCCAGCUCAACAGACUAUUGAUGCCCCCUGCGGGAACUAUCGCCAUUGUGGAAUUCAGAGAUGCUCCGUCUGCUCGGAGUGCGUUCACAAAACUCUCGUUCAGACGUUUGGGGAAGUCGAUCUUGUACUUGGAGAAAGGUCCUAAAAAUUUGUUCACCAAGGAAGCUGGCUCAGAAAGCAUUGCUGAGGCCAAAACCGACAAGGAUGAAGACAAAGCGGACUUGCUGGAUAUCGACCACCCAGAGGAAGAGGUGGAGAUCGCUGGUCCUACGGUUUCUGUGUUUGUGAAGAACUUGAAUUUCAUCACCACUUCCAGCGAGCUUACUGCUACGUUCAAGAGUUUGCCUGGGUUUAUGGUCGCCACAGUGAGAACGCGCCCGGAUCCUAAGAAUAAGGGCAAGACUCAGAGCAUGGGAUUUGGAUUCGUCGAGUUCAAGACCAAACAGCAGGCAGACAACGCUAUCAAGCUGAUGAACGGCCAUAUGUUGGACGGUCACCAGCUGCAACUCAAGAUCUCCAACAGAGUCAGCCAAUCCCAGUCGGAUUCUUCCCAGACCAGGAAGUCCAAGAAGUCGCCAAAGAUUAUUGUCAAGAACUUGGCUUUCGAAUCUACACGGAACGACGUGUUCGAGCUGUUCAGUCCGUUUGGAAACCUCAAGUCUGUCAGAGUUCCUAAGAAAUUCAACAAGUCUGCCAGAGGUUUUGCGUUUGUGGAGUUCAGCACGCUAAAGGAGGCCGAGAACGCCAUGGACCAAUUACAAGGUGUCCACUUAUUGGGCCGUCGUCUUGUCAUGGACUUUGCCGAGGCAGAAAGCGAGAACGCGGAGCAGGAGAUCGAGAAAAUGACCAAGAGGGCCAAGAUCCAGACUGGAGUCAGAAAGAUGGCCCAGUUGAGAGAGUCUCAGGCAGGCAAGCGCAAACUCGACUUGGAGGACGAAUCCGAGAUUUGGUCACUGAGCGAAUCAAGCAGGCUCUGUUGUUCCGAUUGGCUGAUCUCCUUGGAAAGUCCAGAUAAGUCCAGCAGCUUGUCCAGCAGCUCAGGCUUGACUGCAGACCGUUCCACUCCAGGUGGAGCAACAGCGACGGACGAUUUAAAGAACGAUUUCAGAUCUUCCGCCGUGGCCAGUUGCUUGCCAAUGGAUGAUUUGUAG